ACGCGCAUUGACGAGCUGUCAUGGCGAGUAUUGGUGCACUUUGUGUACAGUAAAAUUAUAAAUAAUGAUUCUAAGACGGAAAGAUUCCAACAAUUGUAUAAAAAACAAUUACAAUCACUCAAAAGUAUCAUGAUUAACGUGUGCUGUAGUUGUAGUUAGUUUUUGAAGUGAGUGAUAGUGAAAAAUGGACAAGAAAAAUGCGGUCCGGAGAGCCAAAAGGCCUUCCAAAGUGCUGGAAGAAAAUUAUUGGGACUGCAGUGUUUGCACGUAUAGAAACAAUGCAGAAGCAUUUAAAUGCUCGAUGUGUGACGUCAGAAAAGGUACAUCGACGCGCAAACCCCGCAUCAACCCGGCGCUAGUGGCUGCGCAAGCGGCUGGGACCGCGCCGACUAGCUCACAGAAACGGCCGCGAUCUGCCAAUUCACUCAAGAAGAAACGGCGGCAUCCACCACGGCUAAGCAAUGUCGAUAGAAGCUCGGCUCAAACUCGAGAGGUAACCGUGAGCGGAGUGACAGUAGUCAUAACGGAAUAUAAACCGAAGAAGUCUGUCUCAAGCAGUUCGAGCGACGUGGAGUCAUCAAACGACGCGAGACCAUGAUAUCCUGGUACCUCGACAGGUGGUGUGCCCUGUAAGCUGAUGUCAACCCUCAAAAUCCACACAAAACCUUGAUGAACACCUAGGGCGACAAGGAUCUUUUGGCGCCUUCAGCCAUAGUCUUCCUUCCUAUGAAAAUGUCUUCAUUAACUGCUUUAUAACAUAAUCUCACGACUAUAUCCCAAUUGGGGCAGUCAGAAGUACAUCCUUUGCAAGAUGAAAAAAAAAAGGUUAGGAUGACUGAAAACGAUGAAAACUGCUUGUUUGUGAUAGUGAGGUUAAUUAAAAAAAUAUAUUUUUUGAAAGAAAACGAAAACCUUUAUUCUUUAAUUACUAAUUAAAUAAGUAAGUUCUCUUUGGAAAUCAGCCUGAUCAAAACAGUAUAACUCAAGGCGAUUCGCCCAAUCCCGUCAAUCUAGAAUGGGAUCUCGUCAUAUGCUUCGGGAUUGAUCCCGACAGAAUAAACGAGAUUUCGCGAGAUCGGGAUUGCAUUCUUCUCACUACCUAUCACGUUGGUCUGGGUGGGUUGAUUGGACAAGAUGAACUAAGUACCCACACCUCACCGAGCUUUCUGUUAGACCAACGUGGUAGGUGGCCGCAUAUCCGUCUAAAUGGUCGACCGAACUGUGUUAGUGAAACUGCACUUAAGAUGAAUUAAUAACUCAUUAGUGCAAGGCCAGUACCGGGGUUCAUAUUCAUAUUCAUUUAUUGCACGUCACAAACAUAAAUUAAGGAGGAACAUAGUAAAAGUUACAUGUGACGCCUUGCAAGGGCACGGCAAUAGGGUUCUUACCGGCGCACCUCAUUAGAAUCAAGCCGACAAACCACAGGAACCCAUAGUUACCAUAAAUCGUCGCUAACUGGAUGUAUCUGAAAUUUUUCACGAAUCUGAAUUGCACCUUUUGCUAUUGUCAACAAGACAAAUUAUUUUAGCAAAAAUACUUUGAUUUGCACGAAAUGGAGAAUUUAUGGAAGUGUCAUACUGCAAUGUCUUCCAAGAGACGCAAGAUCCUUGUCGACCUAGUACGUGAAUUAUGAGAAAUGCAUGAACAUACAUAGGUACACCCUUCGAUCAUAUUUUAUGAUCCUAUUAAAUUUAACACACAUAUUUAGAAGCCCACAUAGUCUAACAUAAAUACAGAUACUAUGCAAUUCCAACAAUAUUACAUACACACAGGUCUAAUUGAUAUCCUUCUUUUUUAAAGUCGGUUAAAAAAAUAUUCCGUUUGUGCGCGCAUCAUUUAAUUCGAAAUCUAGUUACAGAAAAAUGUACUUAAACUAUUCAGAGUAACAUUUAGUGUAUAUUUCAUAAUUAUUUUUGAAUUUGGAACAUACAGAAUCGCACACAGAUUCGAAAGAAUCUAUUUUGAAAGUUUAGUUAGAAACUUAACUCCACACCCUUUCAGAUUUCAUGUGGAUAUUGUAAGGAGUCAUUAAUAGUGCUUCAUUUUACCCGACAGCGAUUCGAAGGAGGUAUUUCAUCUUGUGCUUUAAAUUAAUUGAUGUAAUUGUAAAACAAGUUAUGUAGCAUGAUACUUCAAAUAAUUUGUAAUUUAUGUUUAUUUUUGUUUUUAUUUUUAUUUAAUGCUAGGAAAUUAAAAUGAUGAUAAUUGUAGAUAUGGAAUUUGGAAUAUGGAGCCAGCGAAGCACUGCCAUUCAAUACUGAAGUAAUGAAUAAUUGUAUAUAAUAUUUGGCAGUGCAGAUGAUAUAGCGUUGAUGAGUGGUUGACGCAUAGAUAUACUACUACCGUAGAUUGAACAUCAGCGCUCAAACAGUGGGACGCAAAGUUACUGUUAAUACAGCGGCGUUGACAGUGCUUUACCUCAUUACGCGAUUAAGCGCCGAACUGGCAACACGGGGAAGUGCGUGGUAAAAUCUUGCAACAAUAGAAGCUCAAAGCGAAAAUAGAAGGAUGGAACAUCGUAUUUCUAAUAAGUAAAGACAUUGUGCAUGUUAUCAUAGUAUAAACAUUUUAAUUUUCGCAGAAAAACCCACCAAAAUUAUUAUUUUUAGACACUAAAACAAGUACUCCCGGUCAAUCUUGAGUCGCAGUAUAAUCCGACCACGUUACGAAGCACCACGCGCUAAUAUACGUAAUAAGACGAUGCCUACUUAAUUUGACACGAUUUUAUUGAAUGUAUAUACCGCUGUGUACGAAUGUAUAGCUAAACAAACGCCAUGUUUUCGCCGCAUUUUUGUAUCAAGCGCUGUAUCUACGGUAGUGGUAAAUCAAUGGGUUGACGAGUGAAGACCUCGUUGAAAACUAUUUAAAAUUUUGCAAGGGGUGGAGAGAACUGCAAGUAAUCAGAAGACCUCUUGCAAACACGGUAGAAAGCUCUAAUCGAAGGGGGACAGGUGGGGAUCGGCCUGUCGUCCACCAUAUCCAUCAUGUUGGAAUGGAUUGACAAUUAACAGAAAUUUUGCAGUUUUAACGAAAAAUGUUCAUCACCCAUGUAGGAUUUUUUUCUGUAAAGAGGUUUUCGAUCUCAAGCAACGAUAGGUAAUUUAAUUAAAAAAUCAGAUAUAUAUGUGUUAUGUAUCGAUUUGUAGCUUUUUUGUUUUCUAGAAAAAGUCAAUCGCCAUUUUUUAUUUUUAUAGCGACAAGGAUCUUUUGGCACGUGGUCAUAAUCAAAAAUGUACAAUAGGGUAUUUGACUGGGUCAAAGAUAAAUUAUAAAAUGCUAUUGUAGAAAUAGAAGCCUGUCUAAGAUGAUCAAAAAUCAAUCUCAUUUUACUUCCCGACUUAUUUUACGACGUUUGACCGCUUUUAUUGAUGACGUCACAGGUCUAUAUUUCCAUACAAACUCCCGAAGAAAACUUGUUUUGACUAGAUUGUCAACUAGCCUAUUGUUACUAUUGCCGCAUUCUAUAAAAAUAUCACUUUUGACAGUUCAAUGAAAACGCGCCGUAAUGUCAAUGUCAUCCAAACAAGUGCCACAAAAUCCUUGUCGAUUUGAAGGGUUAGCCAAGCUGCACGACUUCGAAAAGCGACAGUGUCAGUGAUAAAAAUGUAUGGGAUUGACAUAAGAUGACAUAGAAUGACAUUUCAAUCAGACAUUUUUUUCGUACUGUCUUUAGUGUCGUGUUUCGUAAUCUUUUGCAACUUGGCUAAGCCCCCUGUUGUAUUAAGAUAUUUAACAGAUAAAACAUGUUAUACUAAAUUUCACUUUUUUAAAUAAUUUUUGACGACAGAAAAAUACGAGCGAAUUCUAAAAUUGACAAUUAGAUUCAUAUUUAAUGUAUUUGUAAAUUAAUAGUGUUAAUUUAUUUGUCUAGUUCUAGGCUCAUUGACAAAAUAUUUUUAUAAAAUAAUUCCGUGUUGCAUUGUUGUGUAACAGCAAAGAGACUGAAUUGAUAUUCUCUUGUUCAUGAAUUGUUAAAAAAAAACCAGCAUGACUUUAAAAUAAAAUGCUAUUAGAAAGGCCUUUUUUAACGGAACGUUAUUAUGGUCCAACAAUGAAUAUUUUUACCUCGACGAGAGGUGAUUUUUUCAAAUAGGUUACAACAUGGAUGAAACUGACCUGUAGAUACAUACAACCACAUAGAUAAACAUACCUAUAACCCCUAAUGGGAAGGACACUAUAAGUUAGUAAUUAGAUGACAACUUGCGGCCACUUUCGUAUGGAAAUGAAGUCCUAAGAUAGCGCCAAGUGAUCAGCCUCUUGUCUAUAUAAUGGUACAUCAUGUCCUAACGAUGUUGUAGACCUUUAUUUUGAAUACAAAAUAAAGAUUGUGUCAAAUUCAGUUUGUACGCAUCAAAAUCCUUUAUACAGAGCAUUUACUUUUGUAACUGUUUCAUUGGAAAUUUGAAGCAUUUACUCUCUACCUUUCCUACACUACAUUAUUUCAAGGGACCGUUAGGGUUAGGGUAGUGUUUUAGGGAGUAAGGAUCCCGAUGUAGCCGUAAUGUAACUAGCACUUACUAGGGCCCUUGAAAUCGUGUAAUGUAAUAGCGGCAAAACUGUUUUAUCGACGAGUGAGUGAGAAAGCGAUGAUACUGUUUGCAUCACAAUUUAAAUUCUUAAUUUGAAUGUGAGUAUUUGAGCGAGGCAACGAUAAUCUGCGUAUAUUGGCGACGAACAAUCACACAUAUAUUGUACCUUUCUUAUUUUGUAUCAGCAGCCCUAACAUGAAUUCAGCUACCGCCCCCGACGCGAUAUUUAGACCAAUAGGAUUGAUUUAUUUAUCGCGUAGCCAAGAGCGUGGAUUCAUUAUCGCAUCACACACCAUGGCUGGAGUAUUUUGUGCAGUUCGCAGCUUCGGCGGACAACUGAGACUGUCAAAAGUCAAAAAACAACGUAGAAUUGAUUUUCUACAGGCCAUAACUUUGGUAAUUACCAAGUAAUUUGGUGAAAAAUUGAUUUGAUGUUAUUUUUUAACAGAUCUUAGUUGUCGAGUUACGAAAUAGAUCUGUAGGGCUAACAUGCGCAUGAUAAAAUGUUGUCAUGAUCAUUUUAUCGAUUCCGACGAUAUAAUUCUUUCGUUUUGUGAAUUGUCAACCCUAAUAAAUCAUGUCGUUCUGUCAAAAUACGAACAAAAUCACGUGGCAUGGGGGAAAAAACUUAUCGAUUUCGGCAAUUUUUUUUUUAAAUCGAUCGAUAAUUUCAUCACGUUUCGCAUGUUAGCUCUGCUGCUAUAGAACUAUUAGUUAUUUAAUCACGUUUAUUAUCUAAACAUAACUCCAUAGCAUAUUGUAAGUUACCAAAAACUCACUUUUUUUUUGUGUUCCAGGAUGAUCUAAGUAUUUAUUUUAGCUAUAAGUUGUAACUUUAUUGUGUUUUUAAUAAAUGUAAGCUUAAAUUGUAAUUAUACUUAGGUGUGUAUUUUUUGCCCAUAUAUUUGGUUUAAUGAAUAAUUAUAUAUAUUUAUUUAGACACAAAUGUUCGCUAUUCUAAAACGUCAUGGGGCCUGUAAUAAUUAAAAAGGAAUAAAGACUUGAUCAUAGAAUAAGGAAUAAUACUAAGUAUAGAACGGCAAUUCUCCGUUUCCCACCAGCGGCUAAGUUAGGUUUACCUCACCCCCUCGGUCUUAAUUGUCUUCAAUCGUAUAGGAGUCAGAGGACUUACACAGAUGCGCGUAUAUGAUAGCGUCGAUGUGUAGUGUCUGUGUAAAAUGAGGUGUUUUGUAUGAAGUGUCCGGGGUGUGACUUCGUCGGGAUUUUGAAAUGUUUGUCCAAACCACCACUGUUUGGCUAGGUACUCAAAUUGAUAAUGUACAUUACAUAAUACCUAUUUAAUGUUAACCCUACCUAUACAAAUGUGUUGUAUAUAAUAAGUGUACUGUAUAUAAAGAAGUGGAAAGUAA